GACCCGCCGGUGGCCAAACUCCGCCGCCACCACGAACUCAAUUCCACGGGACAAAUUGCAGAGACCACCUCGGAAUUCUCCAAAUUCAUCGCCAAUGUCCUCCUACGUCACCACCCCCCACCACCACCACCACCAUGGCUGCUGCUCCGGCAGCCGCCGCCUCCAGGCACCGGCGCCUCCCGCCCGCCCCCGCCUCGUCGUCGCCGCCGCCGCGAGACACGUGGCCCUCCCCCCCCGCCGCGCGGUGGCCUCGAGGGCGAUGAGCGCCGAGGCGCCCCUGGGUGUCGCGCCGGCGGCGGCGGAAGAGGAGAUGGCGGCGGUGGUGGACGAGAUGGCGGAGGAGGCCGCCGUCUGGUGCGCCGUGCACGGGCUCGUCGUCGGCGACCGCGCGGAACCGAGAUCAGGAACUAUUCCUGGUGUUGGUCUGGUUCAUGCUCCAUUUGCGUUACUUCCAACACGUUUUCCAGCAUCUUUUUGGAAGCAAGCACGUGAACUGGCUCCUAUUUUCAAUGAUCUUGUGGAUCGUGUGAGCUUGGAUGGCGAGUUUUUGCAAGACUCCUUAUCUAGAACAAGACAAGUUGAUGAUUUCACUUCUAGGCUCUUAGACAUUCAUGCGAAGAUGAUGGAAGUAAAUAAGGAGGAGGAUAUCCGUUUAGGGUUGCAUCGAUCUGAUUACAUGCUGGAUUCUGGAACCAAUUCACUUCUCCAAAUUGAGCUCAACACUAUUUCAUCAUCAUUUCCUGGUCUUAGUUCCCUUGUAAGCGAACUUCACAGGACCCUACUUAAUCGACAUGGCAAGGUUUUAGGCCUUGAUUCCAAAAGGAUUCCUCAGAACUGGGCUGCCACCCAAUUUGCUGAAGCAUUGAGCAUGGCUUGGACUGAGUUUAAUAACAAGAGUGCUGUAAUUAUGAUGGUUGUUCAACCUGAAGAAAGAAACAUGUAUGACCAAUACUGGCUUAUCAAUCAUUUGAAGGAAUCGCAUGGUGUGAAGACCAUUAGGAAAACAUUGGCACAGGUAGAGGCUGAAGGGCAGGUUCUUCCAGAUGGAACGCUUGUGGUAGACGGACAGACAGUUUCUGUUGUGUAUUUCAGAGCUGGAUAUUCUCCAAAUGAUUAUCCUUCUGAAGCGGAAUGGAGAGCCAGGCUUUUGAUGGAGCAGUCAUCUGCUAUAAAGUGCCCUUCAAUAUCCUACCAUUUAGUGGGAACGAAAAAGAUCCAGCAAGAACUAGCAAAACCUAAUAUUCUUGAAAGAUUCCUUAACAACAAGGAGGACAUUGCCAAGCUACGGAAAUGCUUUGCAGGCUUAUGGAGUUUAGAUAAUGAAGAAAUAGUGAAGACUGCAAUAGAAAAACCUGACUUGUUUGUCCUGAAACCUCAGCGAGAAGGCGGAGGAAACAACAUAUAUGGUUAUGAUCUGCGAGAAACGCUGGUCAGACUCCAGAAGGAGCAGGGAGAGGCACUUGCAGCCUACAUACUGAUGCAAAGGAUUUUUCCAAGAGCUUCUCUUACUCAUCUGGUCCAGGGUGGCGUUUGCUUUGAGGACCUUACAAUAUCUGAGCUUGGGAUAUUUGGAGCCUAUUUGCGGAACAAAGAUAAGGUAGUCCUGAAUAAUCAGUGUGGUUACUUGAUGCGCACCAAAGUUUCUUCAUCAAACGAAGGUGGAGUUGCUGCAGGAUUUGCUGUUCUGGAUAGUAUUCUCCUCACAGAUGAGUGGUAAAGCAGAGGGUCACUCACCAUGCACCAUCACACCAAAUAUCAAAUCAAUCUUGAUAAGCAUAUGCUCCAGUCAACUUCAACCAGUUUCUGAGGCAUUCCUGUCACACCGUAGAAUGAAUAGACCAAAAAAAAUCUGAAAUAUUCUUCUCUAGUUUCUUCUUCUCUUCUGAAAUUUUGAAUUGAAUCUGUCUUUUGUGAUGUCAUUCUUGCAGUGAGGAAGCAAGGUAGCAAGAGUUACAAUUGACAGCUAGCAGACACUGGAAUGAACCUGGCUGACAGAAGGUUGCAAUCUCAGGAUUCGGUUGAGCACCAGUUUUUCUCAGCCACAGGCAUACAUCAAUGACAGAUAAAAUAACCUAAACAAUUUUUGCCACAGAAGAGUAAAUUACACUAGCGGUACUUAAACUUGUAACGAAGUUUCACUUAUGUCCACGAACUUGCAAAACGCGCAUCGAGAUCCUUAAACUUGUUUAA